GCAGCGUCUCUGCGCACCGCCGGCCAGCACGCCAGCCCGAUCCCCGUCUCAACGCCGCGCCGCACGGGGGCCUCUCGGCGACCCCAGAACAAUCAACCAUGACGACUGAAUCAGGAUCAGACUCGGAAUCCAAGCCGGAUCAGGAGGCAGAGCCCCAGGAGGCUGCUGCGGGUCCUCAGGGGCAGGCAGGGGCGCCGCCCGGGCCGCCCGAGCCCCCCAGCGGGAGCAGAGAGGAGGAGCCUGCGCUUGAGCAGUUCUCAGGGGCUGCAGCCCACAGCACCCCAGUGCGGAAGGAGGUCACUGACAAGGAACGGGAGUUUGCUGCUGCUGCUGCAAAACAACUCGAGUAUCAGCAAUUGGAAGACGAUAAACUUUCUCAGAAAUCAUCUAGCAGCAAACUCUCCCGGUCUCCACUGAAGAUCGUCAAAAAGCCUAAAAGCAUGCAGUGCAAAGUAAUACUUUUGGAUGGAUCCGAAUAUACCUGUGAUGUGGAGAAACGCUCCAGAGGGCAAGUGCUAUUUGAUAAAGUGUGCGAGCAUCUGAACCUACUAGAAAAAGACUACUUUGGCCUCACAUAUCGAGAUGCUGAAAACCAGAAGAAUUGGUUGGACCCUGCUAAGGAAAUUAAAAAACAGAUUCGAAGUGGUGUUUGGCACUUUUCAUUUAAUGUGAAAUUUUACCCACCAGAUCCUGCUCAGCUAUCUGAAGAUAUCACCAGGUACUACCUCUGCUUACAAUUGAGAGAUGACAUCGUGUCUGGAAGGCUGCCUUGCUCAUUUGUGACCCUUGCCUUGCUGGGCUCCUACACAGUCCAGUCAGAACUGGGAGACUAUGACCCUGACGAAUGUGGGAAUGAUUACAUUAGUGAGUUCCGCUUUGCACCCAACCACACUAAAGAACUGGAAGACAAAGUGAUCGAGCUGCACAAGAGCCACAGAGGAAUGACACCAGCAGAAGCAGAGAUGCAUUUCUUGGAAAAUGCCAAAAAGCUCUCCAUGUAUGGGGUAGAUUUGCACCAUGCCAAGGAUUCAGAAGGAGUCGAAAUUAUGUUAGGAGUCUGUGCCAGUGGCCUGUUGAUAUAUCGUGACCGCCUGAGGAUAAACAGAUUUGCCUGGCCCAAGGUCCUGAAAAUUUCAUACAAACGGAACAACUUUUACAUUAAGAUCCGGCCAGGAGAGUUUGAACAAUUUGAAAGUACCAUUGGAUUUAAGCUGCCAAAUCAUCGAGCUGCCAAGCGUUUGUGGAAAGUGUGUGUUGAACAUCAUACAUUUUUCAGACUAUUGUUGCCAGAAGCCCCUCCAAAGAAAUUCCUAACCUUGGGUUCCAAGUUCCGAUACAGUGGCAGAACACAGGCCCAAACAAGAAGAGCCAGCGCGUUGAUUGAUCGCCCAGCGCCUUACUUCGAACGCUCGUCCAGCAAACGGUACACCAUGUCUCGCAGCUUAGAUGGAGCAUCAGUGAAUGAAAACCAUGAAAUAUACAUGAAGGAUUCUAUGUCUGCUGCAGAGGUUGGUACUGGCCAGUACGCCACAACAAAGGGCAUCUCUCAGACCAACUUGAUCACCACUGUGACCCCUGAGAAAAAGGCUGAGGAGGAACGCGAUGAGGAAGAGGACAGACGGAGAAAGGCCGAGGAAGCCACGCCAGUGGCGGCAGUCCGGCAUGAGGGAAAGACUGACAGCGAGCGGACUGAUACCGCAGCUGAUGGGGAAACCACAGCCACAGAGGAGCUAGAUAAAACUCAGGAUGAACUGAUGAAGCAUCAAACCAAUAUUAGUGAGCUGAAAAGAACCUUUUUAGAAACCUCAACAGACACUGCCAUAACGAAUGAAUGGGAGAAGAGGCUUUCUACCUCCCCGGUGCGACUGGCUGCCAGGCAGGAGGAUGCGCCCAUGAUUGAACCACUUGUACCUGAAGAGACUAAGCAGUCUUCUGGGGAAAAGCUCAUGGAUGGCUCUGAAAUCUUCAGUCUAUUAGAGUCUGCAAGAAAGCCAACAGAAUUCAUAGGAGGGGUCACGUCUACUUCCCAAAGCUGGGUCCAGAAAGUAGAGACUAAAACCGAGUCCAGUGAAAUGGAGACGGAAACCACCACCUCACACCGCCAGCCCCACAGUACUGAGAAGGUGGUACAGGAAACGGUGCAGGUGGAGGAGAGACGUGUGUUGAAUGUCCAUGCCAGUGGGGAUGCCGGGGACGUGGGAGAUGCCACGUCCAUGGAUGCUUCCGGUAUGAAAGAGAGGGAGCCUUCUCCUCAGAUGGAAGGGGCCAAAGAGGAAGGAGGGGGAAGCGAUAAAGCUACCUCUGAACAGGAAGAGACAGCCACUGCUUCCCACAAGCAAGUGGAGGAGCAGGGCUCAGCAGUCCAUGCUUCUGAAGUUUCAGAACCAAAGUCCCACUUGGAGACUUCAACUGUGAAGAUGGAAACCACGAGUUCAGGCAGCAUUUCACCAGGAGGAGUAAAGCUAGACAUUUCUACCAAGGAAGUGCCAGUGGUCCACACAGAAACAAAAACCAUCACGUAUGAAUCAUCCCAGGUCGAUUCUGGGGCUGAUCUGGAGCCAGGAGUGCUAAUGAGUGCACAGACCAUCACAUCUGAAACUACCAGUACCACCACCACCACACACAUCACCAAAACUGUGAAAGGAGGCAUUUCAGAGACACGAAUUGAGAAGCGAAUCGUCAUCACAGGAGAUGCAGACAUUGACCAUGACCAGGCGCUGGCUCAGGCAAUUAAAGAGGCCAAAGAGCAGCACCCUGACAUGUCAGUGACCAAGGUAGUGGUCCAUAAAGAGACAGAAAUCACACCAGAAGAUGGAGAGGAUUGACUAGAGGAAUAACUUAGCUUGCACAUGAAUCCAGUCAUGCAAACCAUUAGGAAAACCAGAGCCUUUAUGGACUUCCCUCUUCUAACCCAACUGACUUGUAUCUGUCUGUGGAAAAUUCCGUUCCAGAAGAAUUGACCUUGAUUAUUAAUAAAGACACUGACAGAGAGAUCUUCCCAUAAUAAAGCAAUCUGAAUCAGCAUCACUAAACUGAUACUGCAUGAAGCAACGGUAAAAUUACAAAAGAGCAGCAUUUUUAAUUUUCACAAAAUGUCUCAGUUUUCAACUCUUACCUGCACGUUCAUAACCGACAAUAUAAACCGUGAUCUCAUGUAACACAUAAACAACUCACGCCUUUCAUAGUUUAUCGUUAUUAAAGUCUCCACACACAAAAAAUGGCAACUUCUUAGGUGACAAAUCUUUGGUUUACAGAUUAAAUGAAGAUUACCCUAAAAUGCUAGAAGCUGUCUAGGUCUGGUAUCUCAAGUUUAUUCCAGAUUAGAUGUGCCAAUACCAAGUUUAUUCAGUAAACAACUUGAAUCUUGUACUUGUUUCACCUGGUUUUAUUAUUCUCAUUCAUAUGCAGUAAUGACUCUCUGACCCUCUGGAAAUAUUUAAUGCUUAUAAUAUUGCUUUGUGUAUUUCAUUUAAUUUGUUAUAUGGUGGUACCAAUUUUUAGCACAUUCAUGUGAUUUCUUCCUUGUUGUUUGCUUUGGUCCACGUUCAAUAUAGAAAGCUUCUUGGAGUUUCCUAACAACCCCUAAAUAUGUAAAUCAUCACUUGUUUUGGGAAGAAAGCCUAUGUUUUGUUAGUUUACAAGAUUAUGGAAUUUCACUGAAAUCCUGUUGGGCUUCUAUUGCUUUGUAUUCUUUCUUUGUUUCUUUUUCCUUGUAUUUUUUUCAUUCAUUUUCUUUUUUGACUUGAAGAAAAGGUGUUUUAGUUCCAAAUCUGGUCCAUAUUAACAAUCUAGUUCAGAGCCAAGCCUUAAACUGUACAGAAUUUCCACUGUAAUUAAAACUAUUUGUGUUUAGUUAUAAAUAGCCUUUGAAAAGAUAUAUUCUCCAUUCCCUGUCAGCCACAUCACAGCCCAUGGUGAAUGAUGUUACUGCAUAGCAAAAUAAAAAUGGCAAAUGCAUUGAAA